CGACGCGGUCAGAGGUGUUUUGCUCGUCAGAGCCCGACGGCAGUCAUUCACUCAGAGACCGGCUGUGAAGCAGGCUAGACACACAAACAACAGGCUCUGGUUGAAACGUGAGAUCUUUUUACAGGGACGCUCUAGAAUCUCUUUCAGAGAUGUGCCAUCCAAACUUGGUGGCACUUGCAGUGCUGCUAUGCUCUACAUUGUUGGUAAAUGGAGGGAAAGUCUUGGUGUUCCCUGUGGAUGGAAGUCACUGGAUCAACAUGAAUAUCAUCAUUGAAGAGCUUCAUUCCAGAGGUCAUGAAGUCACAGUGGUGCGGCCAAACGACACCUGGCAGAUCAAGUCAGAGUCCCCUCACUACAAGUCCAUCACUAUAACAUACUCAAAUGGUUUUGAUCAUAAGCGCUUUGGAGCAUUUGUUAUGAAAACACUAAUCAUGCGUCGACAAGGUGCUUCUCUUUGGACUCGUUUAUCGAUGGAGUAUGAUUUAGUGAAAGAGUUUUAUGAAUUGCAUGUCAAGGCGCUUGAGAUGGUGGAACGCAUGUUUGAGGACACCAAGCUGAUGCAGAGCCUCCAUGAUGCCAAAUAUGAUUUGGUUCUUACUGAUCCUACGAUUGGUACAGGUGUUCUUAUGGCUCACCGACUGCGUCUUCCACUUGUCUUUAAUGUCCGAUGGACUAUUCAGGGUGAAGGCCAUAUAGCAAUUGCACCUUCCCCACUCUCAUACAUCCCUAUACCAGGGACAGAGCUGACUGACAAGAUGACUUUCAUUCAGCGUGUCCAGAAUAUGCUCUACUUUUUCUUCACAAGUUUUCAAAUUUGGUUCGUCACAGAACCAAACUACAAACCAUUUGUCCAUCGUCAUUUUGGCAGUGAUGUACAUUACAUGGAGCUGUUUCAGUCAGCAGACAUCUGGCUGAUGAGAAAUGAUUUCACCUUUGAGUUCCCUCGACCCACAAUGCCAAACGUUGUCUACAUGUCAGGAUUUCAGUGCAAACCCUCCAAGCCCCUGUCUAAAGAGCUAGAGGACUUUGUGCAGAGCUCGGGUGAACAUGGUGUCAUUGUGAUGACACUGGGAACACUGGUAGAAGAACUUCCAGAGGACAUUGCUGAAGACAUUGCUGCUGCUUUUGCAGAACUUCCUCAGAAGGUGAUUUGGAGGCACAAAGGCAAAAGACCAUCCACCCUCGGUAAUAACACGCGAAUCUUGGACUGGUUGCCCCAAAAUGACCUCCUGGGUCACCCCAAGACCAGAGUGUUUGUGGCCCACGGAGGCACCAAUGGGAUACAGGAGGCCAUUUACCACGGUGUGCCCCUGGUUGGCCUGCCACUUAUGUUUGACCAGGCUGAUAACUUCUUCAGGAUGAAAGCAAGAGGUGUGGCCAAAGUCCUUGAUAUUGCAACAGUGAACAAAGAAAACUUCUUGGAGGCGCUAAAGGAGGUGCUCUACCAACCAUCCUACAGGGAGAAGAUGAAGGAGCUGUCCAGCAUCCAAAGAGAUCAGCCUAUGAAACCGCUGGACCGAGCCAUGUUCUGGAUCGAGUUUGUCAUGCGGCACAAAGGAGCGGCGCACUUAAGGACGGAGUCUUACAAGAUGUCCAGGAUCCAGUACUACUCGAUGGAUGUGGCAGCUUUUCUGCUGGCAGUUAUUUUUCUAGUAUUUACCAUUUUUAUUUCAGCAGUCAGGUUUCUGUUGCAUAAGUUAUUUUACAGAAGCAAAGUCAAAAAGGAAUGAUGAUUGUGUUACAAAAUUUGUAUGCUUGCCAUCUGUUCUCUAUUCAGGAGAAGAACAGAGAUACAUUUGUACUCGUAGUGUAACAAACUUGAGUGUGUGCAGCUCAGUGCAACAAUACAAACCUCACAUUUUCUAAUGACCUCAGUCUACUCAUAUUUUAGAUGUCUUUUUGUUCAUUUGCAUUUGGAUCUUGAAACUUUGAAAUGUAAAUACAUUGCAGGCAAGUUUGGUGGCAAAGUAGAAAAUAAGUAAAGCAAAUCAGUUACGGGUUUAAAUUAAUAUGACUUUGAAUAUUCUGCUGUUGUAAACACUUUAAGAAUCACCACAUUUCCUAAAAUUGUCUAACAGUUAAACAGGAAGACAAUUAAAUGUUUCUCACUCCUGUAUGGUGAUGAUAUUCAAACCUUUAUUAAGAGCACAUAAGAAGAGUUUGGCCUCAUGCAGUGCUCAACUAUAGAAUAUAUUUUAUUAUAUGUAUUGUUGUAGAAAUGUCACAGAAUUUUAUGGUGAUAUUUUUCAAAUGUAUUAAAAAAUUGCUGUAA